UUAACGGUGGCUACAGUAGCUGGAAUUUAGGCACUGAAUGUAAUGUUACGUGUGGACAAGGUGUAGAAAUAUGGCGACGUUCAUGUGACAAUCCUAAACCGAAGAAUGGAGGCCGAAAUUGUACUGUGUUGGCAAAAGAUGUUGAAGGUCGAACUUGUGAAAGACGACCUUGUUCAAGUACGUUCUUGUUUGUCUUUUAUUCUCCUUCGUCUCAAGUGCUAUCGGUGAUACUUCUUUUCUUAGGAUUUUUUACCCUCGUAUAUCUUUAAACAAUAUCUCUCUACAGUAUAUCUGAUCACUAUUCUCAACUGUUUGUCUACUACGUACCAUGUCAAACAUUUGCUCUUUGUCAUUAACUUGUAUACGUAAUGGUUUGCGUUUGAAACAUUUUAGUUGAUGGUAACUAUAGCAACUGGACUAGAUCGUCAGAAUGCAAUGUGGCGUGUGGUGUGGGGUACGAUAUGUGGUCCAGGAAGUGUGAUAAUCCACCUCCAAAAUAUGGAGGUGACUGCUACAAAUAUGGCAAAGACAGAGACAGUAGACCUUGCCACAUGAAGCCUUGUCCAGGUUAGUCAUUGAGUUUUUUAUUUAAUUAUUAAUUAUUUAAUAUCAUUUAGGCAGAGUGUACGUGGUUGCCUAAUUAUUAUGUAGUCGCUAACCAUGCAGGGAAGAUAUUAUCCUUCAAACGAGCAAAACCUCUCAUUAAAAAUUGAACCUGAAUUUGAUGAGAGUGCAUGAUGGUCGAUGAGAGUUGGCAGUCAAAUUAGUUCAUUGCCGGAAAUUAACGACAAAAUGGCCUGGCGGACCCACGGCCGCUUGUGUACUACUUUGCAUACAAUCCAUAUACGUAUACAAUGGCUUUCAAUUUUUAAUAGGGAAUAUUAAGGGCGAAAAUAUUUACUGGCAGCUCGAAAUUAUGGCAAUCUGAGAACUCGGCUACUGUUUGCCGACCUCAUGAUCGAUAAAGCAUUUACUUACCAAUGUUUCGGUGGCAUAUUUAUGUAGAUCGGGCAUUUCUCUGAGCGGCCAAAUAAUGAAUCGUUGCGCACAUUUUAAUCUAUGAUUGGACCUGCACCAUCAACAAGGUUUAAAAACAACCAUUUUUUAAUAUAAACUCUAAACUCUACUUUUUAAUAUAAACUCUUAAUAAACUCUUGAUUGUGUCACCAAACAGCGUCAAAAAUCUCAAAACAAAAUCGCUCGGCAUCAGUUCAACCAUAUAUAGGCUACGAAGAUGACAUAAAAGUGAUUUUCGUGAACACGACUUGACCGCUAGGAGAGAUACCGGAUCGGAAUAAAUAUGCCACCAAAACAUUAAUAGAUGAAUGCUUCAAGAGGUCGGAAACAGUAGACUAGCCAAGCUCUCAGAUUCCAAUAAUUUCGACUUAAAUAAUUUAUUUUUAUCCUGUAUAUUCCCACUAAAAGCUGAAAGAUAAUGGUUAUAUAUGCAAAUUAGUAUACAAGCAGUGGCCAUUUUGUCGCCAACUUCUGGUAAUGUAAGGAAAACCUGAGGAUCGUCAACGAUAGCUAGGGACAACCAGAGGACAAUCAACGAUAGUUAGGGACAACCAGUUAGAGAAACAUCAACUAUAGUUAAGGACACCCAGAGGACACGGAGAAAAACCUCGUUACAUAAACUUUAAAGCUAACAGCUAACUCCGUGGUAAGGAGAUGAGCAUGUGCGCGUUAAUUAACUUCUGUCACCUUCCCAUUCUAGUGACAUCAAGUUCUGCUACAGUGAUCAAAAUCACAUGUGGUGUUUGUGCUGCGAUCAUCAUUAUGGCCUUUGCUUUAUUUCUCAUUUGUAAAGGAAAAGUUCGGAUUACCCGAUCUAAUAGAAGAGAUAGUAAGUUUAUUGAAUUGUUUCGUUCUAAAAUACUACUUUUCGGAGUAUGUCUAAUUUAGUGAGCUCCAUAUAUAUCUGGAGCGGAUACCGUGGAUAGUGAAACCAAAUUUGGAGCUUUUGGACAUCAGUUUCAGUCGCUUUCCGGCUAUUGUUUCUGCCUGCGCAGUACUCAAGGAGUGUACCGAAAUUCCGGAGGGGGAGAGGGGGAGGGAGAGAGGGGGAGAGGGAGAGAGGGAGAGGGAGAGGAAGAGGGAGAUGGAGAGAGAGGGGGAGAGAGGGAGAGGGGGAGGGGGAGGGGGAGGGGGAGGGGAAGAGGGAGUGGAAGAGGGAAAGGGGGAGAGGGAAAGAGGGGGAGAGUGUUCGGUCAAUUUGGGAUAGCAUAUGGAAAGCUGCCAAAGCCAGGCUAGACUGGUCUAGGUUGAUAUUUCUCAAGAUUGUCUGCUGGCAAAGGAUGUUUCUAAUUUAAUCCAAAAAUUGUUUACAGGUAUUUCUCCAUAUGCGGUCUUUGCCUUUGAACGAAUGCCAGAAAGCUAUUCACCAGUACCUUUUGAUAAUACAACAGGAGAACGCAUAUAUGAAGAAAUAUCCGAAAGCGUGGGUGAAAUAAAUAGAAUAACAACGGAAGAACAUGUAUAUGAAGACAUCGUUUGAAAGUAAAUAUUGUAUUUCUCCUGUCAUCAAAAGCGACGCCAUAUUAAAAUCGUAAUGCAUUGUUGCUUAUUCAAGGAUGUUGAACGAAAGUCCUGUAAAUAUAAAUAUAUCAGACAGUAUACAUAUAUUUUUGUGUGUGUUUCGAUGUUAUAUACUCAGGUGAAUAUAAUGUUUUUGAUGCUGCUCUGAGUGUAUAUCCACACCGGGCAGGCUGCAUCAAAA